CCGCCCCCCGGCCGGGGCGCCGCGCAGGGACAGAAGCCGGCCCCCCGCGGCCGCGGCCCCGACUCGGAAGCCUCCCGCCAGCGCUUCCGGCAGUUCUGCUACCGGGAGGUGGGCGGCCCCCACGAGGCGUUCAGCAAGCUCUGGGAGCUCUGCUGCCGGUGGCUGAGACCAAAGACUCACUCGAAAGAGCAAAUCCUGGAGCUGCUGGUUUUAGAGCAGUUUCUGACCAUCUUGCCAGAGGAGAUCCAGGCUUGGGUUAGGGAGCAGCACCCGGAAAAUGGCGAGGAAGCCGUGGCGCUGGUUGAAGAUGUACAGAGGUCUCCGGGGCGACAGGUCCCUGACUCUGGAAAGGACUUGAAAGUGCUCAUUGAGGAGACAGCCCCUUGGGGAGCAGCCAGAGAAUCCACAAGACCCCACCUGAAGCCGGGGCUUCUUCCUGAGGAACUGACUUUGAAGGGGUCACAGAGCUCCCACCGAAGACCCUGGGGACCGCCUGAAGCCUCGCUGCCUCUGCAUGCUCCCAGGAACAUUCCCCCGAAGAGGGAUCUCCGAGAUCAGGAGACAGGGGCUGUGCUCUGGACGGCUGGAGUCCAGGCUGGAGCUGGACAAUAUUUUCGGUAGCAGCAGGCCCUGGUGUUG